UUUUUCCCCCCAAAGGGGCGUAUUUUUCAAGCCAUCUUGACUGAAUAUCUAGCUAGCUACAUCAACCUGACACAUCUUACAUAAUUUUAUGUAACAAUUAGUGUAUGUAUUUCCAGUUGAAAAAGUCUAAAUCACAGAUAUGUAACCAGGUCGAGUUUGAGCUUUUGUCUGAAGUCACCAUGGAGGACUGAAGUGCUGAAGAUGACGCUGUCGCCCCUGAAAUUACCGGCUAGCAAUGCCAUAGCUUGUUAUUAGGAGGUCCGUUUCGGUCGUAUUUCAACAUUAGCUACCUAAUAUUACCUUUCUCUGGCUCGCGCAUACCAUAGGAUCACGUUAAACAAGGUGGACUGAAGGAUGAUCAAUGGAAACAAGAUGCACCUGAGCUCAAUUUCGACUCAUAGCAAAGGGUCUGAAUGCUUGUGUAAAUAAGAACUCCGUCCUCCUCGCUGUCCUCCUCGCCCUCUCCAAUCUAGGAAGCUAGUGCAAACCCCCAUGAGGAGGCUGCGGAGGAGGGGAUGCAGGCCAGGAGUAGUUGGCCUUGAGAUGGGCAGGGGUAGAGGGAGGGGGAGGGGCAGGGACUCCAGUGUUCAGCUGCGGCCCCCUUCCCCCUAUAGACUGCAGCUAUCUCCAUCUAGAGAAACUUUGACCUAUGCUCAGGCCCAGAAGAUGGUGGAGGUGGACCUGGAUGGAAGGCUUCACAGGAUCAGCAUCACCGACCCUCUGCCAGUCAUCACAGAGGAUGAGAUGAUGGCUCAGGACAUUGUUGAGUGCAACAGUAACAAAGAGAACAGCGAACAAACCCAGAGCAGAGCCAGACCAGGGCGCAAACCUCCCAACCCAAAGGGCCGCAGGAGGGAAAGCAAAACCUCAUCUCACCAGAGCCGACGUUCUGGCAGUCAGCAGUACACUCAAAGCCACACCAAUUCCUCCCAACACCCUUCUCACCAAAGCCCUCUCCCCGAGCCAACCUUCCGCGUGCUUGACUGCCCGUGUCCUUUAGACACCCCUCCCCUACCUGUGGCCUACUACCGUUUUGUAGAGAAGUCAGGGGAGGAGCAGGACUGUGAGGCAGAGUACGACAUGGACGAGGAGGACCUGGCCUGGCUGGAGAUGGUCAACCAGAAGAGAGUAUCUGAUGGCCAUGCGUCCGUCUCCCCGGACACCUUUGAGCUGCUGAUCGACCGUCUGGAGAGGGAGUCCAUCCUGGAGUCACGGAGCCAGGCCCUGUCCCAGAGUGCCAUAGACGAGGACGCCUUCUGCUGCGUCUGCCUGGACGACGAGUGUCUCAACAGCAACGUCAUCCUAUUCUGUGACAUCUGCAACCUGGCCGUCCACCAGGAGUGUUACGGUGUUCCCUACAUCCCUGAGGGCCAGUGGCUGUGCCGCUGCUGUCUGCAGUCCCCCUCGCGCCCUGUGGACUGUGUGCUCUGCCCCAAUCGGGGAGGUGCCUUCAAACAGACUAGUGAUGGACGCUGGGCCCAUGUUGUCUGUGCCAUAUGGAUCCCAGAGGUGUGCUUUGCCAACAUGGUAUUCCUGGAGCCAGUGGAGGGGGUGAAGAACAUCCCCUCAGCCCGCUGGAAGCUCACCUGCUACCUGUGCAAGCAGAAAGGCCGGGGUGCGUCCAUCCAGUGCCACAAGGCCAACUGUUACAGGGCCUUCCAUGUCAGCUGUGCCCAGAAGGCUGGCCUCUUCAUGAAGAUCGACCCGGUCCGGGAGACUGGGGUCAACGGAACCACCUUCUCUGUGAAGAAGACUGCCUUCUGUGAGAAUCACUCCCCAGUCGGGUCACGGCGAGAUGGGUCAGGUGAUGAGGCUGUGGAGGGAAGGCUGGUGGGAGGCAGGGGGAACAGGGGUCAAAGGUCCUACACUCAGAGCCCCCCGGCACCGCCCAGUAAAAAGACUCCCAAAGGCCAGAAGAAGAAGAAAGGAAAGAAGAGCCUAGCUGGUCAGACGACCCGUCGCUCUGCUGUGCCUGUGCUGCUGGUGCCUCAAAUCCCCUCUCACAGGCUGAACAAGAUUUGCAUUGGGGUUGCUGUCCAGAGGAAGAACCAGUUCAUGCAGAGGCUUCACAACUACUGGUUGCUGAAACGUCAGUCCCGAAACGGCAUGCCUCUCAUCCGGCGUCUGCACUCGCAUCUGCAGGCUCACAAGACUGCUGAGCAGAGGGAACCAGAUGAGAAGCUUUGUGCGGCGAGGGAGGAGCUACGGUACUGGCAGAAGUUGCGGCAGGACCUGGAGAGAGCCCGGCUUCUGGUGGAACUCGUCCGCAAGAGAGAGAGACUAAAGAGAGAGCAGAUGAAACUUCAACAGGCUGCUCUGGAGCUGAAGUUGACCCCUGUGUUAAUACUGCUGCGUUCCACCCUGGACCAGCUUCAGGAGAAGGACACAGCACAAAUUUUCUCUCAGCCUGUCAAUCUAGCAGAGGUGCCAGACUAUCUGGAGUUCAUCUCCAAGCCCAUGGAUUUAUCCAGCAUGCGUGCCAAACUGGAGGCCCAUGCCUACUGCUCCACAGCCGACCUGGAGGGGGACUUUAACCUCAUGGUGUCCAACUGCCUGAGGUACAACUCCAAGGAGACCGCGUUCCACCAAGCCGCCCUGCACCUACGGGAGGUGGGAGGAGCCGUCCUCCGCCAUGCCCACAGACAGGCGCAGAGCAUCGGGUUGGACCCCAGCACGGGCAUGCACCUCCCAGACUCUCCCAACAAGCACGGCUUCUACCAAUGCACCUGGGAGGACGUGGACUCUCUCCUGGAUCCAGACAACAGGCUCCACCUGUCCACAGAGGAGCAGCUAAAGGCCCUGCUGGAAAAGCUGGACAUGGUGGCAUCCAUGCGCUCCAGUGGAGGACGAACCAAACGCAUCCGGCUGCUGCGUAGAGAGAUCAACACAGUCACGCACAAACAACAGCGCUCACAAUCGCACAACGGGAAAGAAGAAGAGGAAGAGGAAGAGGAGGAAGAAAAGGGAAAGAAGGACAAUGUGGAGAACAGUCCUUUAACAUCAGCCUCUACUCCGGGGAAAGAUGCCUCUCCACCAACACUAGAGCCUUCAUGCCCAGCGUCGUCCCCCCUGCAAGGCGAUGCCCCACCUGAGCCACCCGUACCGGGCCUUGUGACCGCAGGACGGAGGUCACCAGGGCGCUCUUACAAACGCCAGAGAUCCUCGCCGAGUGGGGGAAAAGGGCAGAGUGACGAUGAUGCUGAAGUUGAGGAGACAGCGACACCGUGCAAACAGAAGGACGAUUCUCAAAAGUUCUCUCCUUCACAGACUCCCAGUCCCCCCACUAACGCCUGUCCUUUGAUUGGAGUUGGCCGGCGGACAUCUGUUCUGUUCAAGAAAGCUAAAAAUGGAGCGAGACUGGCAAAGAUUAGAGCAGCUCAGUUACAGUAUGUAGGGACCACUGAGGGUAAAACCAAUGGAUUGGACAGUUCCCCCACCAUUACAAAACCUCCCAGUGAGACUGCCCUUUCCACCCCUGCCCCUCCCCCCACUCCCUCCUCACCGUCAUCCCACCGCCUGAGGUCCAGAAGGCCCAGCUCUGACAGCGAGGGAGACAAGCCCCUCCCCCUUAUCAAAGUGGAAGGCUUUACAAAUGGUCUAGGAAAGCACAAAGAUGACUCCUCAGACAUAGCAUCCAAUGACCAAAAACAUAGUGUCCCCCCGCCACCCAAACGCAGCCGUGGUAAACCAGCUCUGGCUAAAGUCCCAGAGAGCCAGAAUGGAGGCUCAGUUCAACAUCCCACAUCUUUGUGUUUGUGCUCAGGGGGAAGUAUGCUCUUGCCCUUUGAUAGUGACACCGAGCUCACACCCCUCGACCUGGUCUGGGCUAAGUGUCGUGGAUAUCCAUCAUACCCAGCAAUGGUUGUUGACUCAGACAUGCCUCAGGAAGGGCUUCUUCACAAUGGCAUCCCCAUCCCCGUGCCUCCUGGGGACGUGCUAAAACUGGGGGAGCGGAGGCAGAAGGAGACCGGGGAGAGGCACUACCUUGUGCUGUUCUUCGACACCAAAAGGACCUGGCAAUGGCUGCCACGGGACAAGUUGCUACAAAUGGGGAUGGAUGACACGGUGGACAAACUGCGCCUGAUGGAGGGCAAGAAGCCCAGCGUCCGCAAGUCUGUACACACGGCAUACGACCGUGCCAUGAUACACCUGAACCACGUUAUCAACCACGUCAAGGGGAACCUCACUUUCAACCCCUCCAAUUUUAUAUGAAGGAUUUUAGUGUCAGUCUGCAAAUCCACUGCAAACUGUCUGACUAGGACUGCUCAAACCCUCACCAAUAACACAAAUCUUCAGUGAGAAAAUAACAUUUUCUUCAUUCAUUUACUAGUAGGUGGACAUGGAAUUUGAGUGGUUCAAUAUACAGUUUUCUUAAAUAAUUAACUUUCUUCUCAAAUAAUGUUCCUAUUGGAUUGUCAACAUUGCUGUACACCAUUUUGCUAUGGGGAAACUUAAGUUAACAAUUCUAAUUUAGAAAAUAAAAGCAAAUGGAAUGGACAACAUUAUUGGCAGGAGCUCAUACUUUGUUGGCCAGCCUUUGGCUAAGUUAACUGAAAAAUAAUUAGCUUGCUGCACUGUUCUACUGGCAAUUUGUCCCACUCUUCAGCUGCAGACUGCUCCAAUUCUUCAAUGUUUGAGUGGUGCCGAUCUCUCCAUAGGUUUUUGAUGGGAUUCAGUUCUGGACUUAUCACUGGCCACUCCAGAACAGUUCACUGUUUUAUUCUUGAAACAUGCCUGGCUGCUUUUUGAUGUGUAUUUGAGUUGUUCUGCUGGAAGACCCACAACCUUCAACAGAGACCCAGUUUUUGGACACUGGGUUGAACAUCGUACUCAAACACCUGAUAAUCUCAUGAUUUGAUGAUGUUUUGUACACAUUCAAGGACCCCAGAGGAAGCAAAGCAACCCCAGGGCUUUCUUGUCAAUUUCAGGAGUGGGGUCUUCCUAUGUUUACCAAUGACCAAAUUAAGCAUUCAAAGAAAAGAACACCCUCACUAAAAUCAAACAUGGGGAAGGUUCGAUAAUGCUGUGGGGUUGCUUUGACGCCUCUGGUACGUAGGGCCUUGAAUGUUUGCAAGGUGUUUUGGAGUACGGUGUUCAACUCGGUGUCCAAAAACUGGGUCUCUUUUGAAGGGUGCGGGUCUUCCAGCAGGACAAAAACCCAAACACACAUCAAAAAGCACCCAGGAAUGGUUCAACAAUAAGCACAGGAAUGUACUGGAGUCCAGAUCUGAAUCCCAUCAAAAACCUAUGGAGAGAUCUGAAAACAGCAGUUGGUGGAAGGCACGACUCAAACAUUACAGAAUUGGAGCAGUCUGCAGCUGAAGAGUGGGCCAAAUUGCCACUAGAAAGGUGCAGCAAGAUCAUCUAUGGUGUUAUUUUGCAGUCAACUUGGCCAAAGGCUGUGCGACCAAGUAUUAGCUUGUAGAUGCCAAUAAUGUUGUCCAUGGUAUUUUGCUUUUAUUUUCAGGAAAAAAAAUGUAAACUGAAGCCCCCCCCUUCUUUUUCUUUAAGAAAAGUGCAAGGGUGCCAAUAUACACUGCUCAAAAAAAUAAAGGGAACACUUAAACAACACAAUGUAACUCCAAGUCAAUCACACUUCUGUGAAAUCAAACUGUCCACUUAGGAAGCAACACUGAUUGACAAUACAUUUAACAUGCUGUUAACCGCUACCUCCGCCUUUGUGCAAGGAGGUGCACUGCCAGAGCCCUGCAAAAUGACCUCCAGCAGGCCACAAAUGUGCAUGUGUCAGCAUAUGGUCUCACAAGGGGUCUGAGGAUCUCAUCUCGGCCCUCAUACCACCCUCAUGGAGUCUGUUUCUGACCGUUUGGGCAGACACAUGCACAUUUGUGGCCUGCUGGAGGUCAUUUUGCAGGGCUCUGGCAGUGCACCUCCUUGCACAAAGGCGGAGGUAGCGGUCCUGCUGCUGGGUUGUUGCCCUCCUACGGCCUCCUCCACGUCUCCUGAUGUACUGGCCUGUCUCCUGGUAGCGCCUCCAUGCUCUGGACACUACGCUGACAGACACAGCAAACCUUCUUGCCACAGCUCACAUUGAUGUGCCAUCCUGGAUGAGCUGCACUACCUGAGCCACUUGUGUGGGUUGUAGACUCCGUCUCAUGCUACCACUAGAGUGAAAGCACCGCCAGCAUUCAAAAGUGACCAAAACAUCAGCCAGGAAGCAUAGGAACUGAGAAGUGGUCUGUGGUCACCACCUGCAGAACCACUCCUUUAUUGGGGGUGUCUUGCUAAUUGCCUAUAAUUUCCACCUGUUGUCUAUUCCAUUUGCACAACAUCAUGUGAAAUUUAUUGUCAAUCAGUGUUGCUUCCUAAGUGGACAGUUUGAUUUCACAGAAGUGUGAUUGACUUGGAGUUACAUUGUGUUUAAGUGUUCCCUUUAUUUUUUUGAGCAGUGUAUUUGGCUGCAACUACCUAAAUGAGUGAUGAUCUGGUUGACUCUGACCUUUUUUAGGGGGAAUGUUAUAAUUUGGGAAAUUGGGGGGAAAUGUGAAAGGAGGAGUUCCUAAAAGAUGGAUUGUAGGAUAUAUAUUUUUUAAGAUAAAAUCUGAUUACUCAUUGUGAUUACUUUUUAGUACUUUACACAACCACUCUGUUGCAAUGAGUCUAGUAAUAAUAUACAUUUUGUUUUAGCCCGAAGUCAAUCAAGACAAAGAAAGUCAUUGUAUAUAUUUUAUCCUCAAAGGGGAUUUGAUUGAUUCAAAGCAUAUUCAGAUUUAUCAUUGAAAUGCCAUGCUUCUUAUACAUUUUUACACAUUGAUGCUAUUUCUGGUUUUAUUUCUUUUAUAUGAAAUGGUGGUGGUGUGCUUGUUGCAGCUAUUUGAUGGAACAGGACUUUUGAAUGUCUAGUCAUGACUUAGGAAAUGGGUCACUGCAACCAUUUCAAUAAGGUCAAUAACUUGGGAUUCCAGUCCGUGGCAAGAUGUGAUUUGCAAACCCUCCAAUGACUUGAAAAGCACAAUGUUAGUUUGAAAUGGUUUGUAGAUUGAGCUCUGAAGCCAUAGGUAUGAAGAAAAAAAAUGAAAAACACUUGGUUAUGUGCAUAUAGAAGCAAUGCAUAUUUGUAUAUAUGUAAAUGUCUGUGUUUAUAAUACACAAAGUAAUUUAAGGAAUGCAAAAAAAAUCUAAAUAUUAGAUUUUAAUUUAUAAUGUGACAAUUGAGUCUGUUAUUUAAAAAAAAAAAAUAUUUAAAAAGAUGUAGGAAGCUUUGUAGCUCUUUGUAUCAAUGUUUCCUAGUGGUCAGUUGGCACAAAACCCUGUAGUUGUCUAGGCAUAAGUGCACUAGCCUACUAGACUGUUUAUUAGGUGGCACAAAGGAGUUCUGGAUCUUGUCAUUUGAAUUAUACCACAAGAUCUACAAUCUGUCAAACAAUAUUUUCUCAAAUAAAUAUUGUUUAAAACA